CCGUCUUCUCCGUCCAGGCACAGCACAUACAACUAGCUAGCAUUGCGGUUGCUGCUCUCGCUGAUCCUCGCUUCCGGCCGGCCAUGGCAGUCCGUCUGGAUCCCCUUGAGCUAGGUAAGGUGAUAGGUGAAGUGGUGGACAGGUUCGUGCCAACCAUGGUACUGUCUGUGCGCUUCGGGACAAAGGUCCUCACAAACGGCUGCGAGAUCAAGCCGUCCGUUGCCGUCGCUGCUCCCGCCGUGCAGAUCGGCGGCGGGGUCGGCGAUCUCUUCACCCUGGUUAUGAUUGAUCCGGACGCUCCGAGCCCGAGCGAGCCGAGCAUGAGGGAGUGGCUUCACUGGCUUGUUGUUAACAUACCAGGUGGAGCAGAUCCUUCUCAAGGUAUACUACUAGUGGUGCCCUACAUGAGCCCGCGCCCAGCGUUGGGCAUCCACCGCUACGUGCUGGUGGUGUUUCAGCAGAGGGCGCCGGCGCCGGCGGUGGCGCCCGGCGAGGAAGCGCCCGGGGUGCGCGCGGGGUUCCGCACGCGGGAGUUCGCGAAGGAGCAUGGAUUGGGACUCCCCGUCGCCGCCAUGUACUUCAAUGCUCAGAAGGAGCCGGCCAGCCGCCGCCGCCGCUACUAGCUAAUGGUUACUGUGUAAUCACC